CAAAUAUCAAACACCGUUGCAUAAAUUUCGUAAUCCAUGAAUUUGGCUUUUUUGUCUUUUUAUUUCAUCACCCAUUAAAAAAGUCUCCAUCUUUUCGUCUUCAACUCUCCACCACUGUCACCACCUCAACCACAUUUUAUCAUCAAUCACUUCUCAUUUUUAGUGGAUUCUAAAGUACAAUUAUUGAUUUUUUACUGUUCUUGAUAACCUCAGUUCUCUUUUUUCUUCUAAUUAGAUUCUCUUUGUUUCUUAUAAAUCUUUUGAUUUACUUACAUUUCCCCAAAGUUUUUCAAGUUUUCUUCUUUUUCCCUUUUAAUGGCUUCAUCUGCAUUUGCUUUUCCUUCUUACAUAAUAACCAAAGGAGUUUUAACAGAUUCUUGUAAAUCAACUUCUCUGUCUUCUUCUCGAUCUUUGGCUACAGAUCUUCCAUCGCCAUGUCUGAAACCCAACAAUUCCCAUUCAAACAGAAAGGCAAAAGUGAGUGCUUCACUUGCAGAGAAGGGUGAAUACUAUUCAAACAGACCACCAACUCCAUUACUUGACACAAUCAAUUACCCAAUCCACAUGAAAAAUCUCUCUGUCAAGGAACUGAAACAACUCUCUGAUGAGCUGAGAUCAGAUGUGAUCUUCAACGUUUCGAAAACCGGUGGACACUUGGGUUCAAGUCUUGGUGUUGUGGAGCUCACUGUGGCUCUUCAUUACAUUUUCAACACUCCACAGGACAAGAUUCUUUGGGAUGUUGGUCAUCAGUCUUACCCUCACAAGAUUCUUACCGGGAGAAGAGCAAAGAUGCCAACAAUGAGGCAAACCAAUGGUCUCUCCGGUUUCACCAAACGAGGAGAGAGCGAACAUGAUUGCUUUGGUACCGGACAUAGCUCAACCACAAUAUCUGCUGGCUUAGGAAUGGCGGUAGGAAGAGAUUUGAAGGGGAAGAACAACAAUGUGGUUGCUGGUGUGACGAAGCAAAUAGGAGGGCCAAUGCACCAACUGGCUGCUAAGGUAGAUGAGUAUGCUCGUGGGAUGAUAAGCGGGACUGGAUCCACACUGUUCGAAGAGCUCGGUCUGUACUAUAUUGGUCCUGUCGAUGGGCACAACAUAGAUGAUUUAGUAGCUAUUCUUAAAGAAGUUAAGAGUGCAAGAACCACAGGACCGGUGCUUAUUCAUGUCAUAACAGAGAAAGGUCGUGGUUAUCCUUACGCAGAGAGAGCUGACGACAAAUACCAUGGUGUUGUUGUACAUGAUGUUGAUCUGCAGAAGCUACCGGUGAGAUUUGCUAUGGAUAGAGCUGGACUUGUGGGAGCUGAUGGUCCAACACAUUGUGGAGCUUUUGAUGUGACGUUUAUGGCUUGUCUUCCUAACAUGAUAGUGAUGGCUCCAUCAGAUGAAGCAGAGCUCUUUAACAUUGUUGCAACCGCUGCUGCUAUUGAUGAUCGUCCUUCUUGUUUCCGUUAUCCUAGAGGUAACGGUAUUGGUGUCCCGUUACCUCCCGGAAACAAAGGUGUUCCCAUUGAGAUUGGUAAAGGUAGAAUUUUGAAAGAAGGAGAGAGGGUUGCUUUGUUGGGUUAUGGCUCAGCGGUUCAGAGCUGUUUAGGAGCGGCUGUGAUGCUCGAAGAACGCGGUUUAAACAUAACCGUGGCAGAUGCACGGUUUUGCAAGCCAUUGGACCGUGCUCUCAUUCGCAGCUUAGCCAAGUCGCACGAGGUUCUGAUCACGGUUGAAGAAGGUUCCAUUGGAGGGUUUGGAUCGCAUGUUGUUCAGUUUCUUGCUCUAGAUGGUCUUCUUGAUGGGAAGCUCAAGUGGAGACCAAUGGUAUUGCCUGAUCGGUACAUUGACCAUGGCUCACCAGCUGAUCAAAUGGCUGAAGCUGGGCUCAUGCCGUCUCAUAUUGCAGCAACCGCACUUAACUUAAUCGGUGCACCAAGGGAAGCUCUGUAUUGAGAGUAGGUAUGGGUGGCUAAACCAUAUUACAAACACUUUAAAUGCAACAGAAGGUUUCUUUUAAGUACUGAUCAAAGUUCCCGCCGAAAAGAAGCAACAGAAAAGUCCUUUGGCUAUAUAUAAAAUUGAGAUGUGCAAAGUUUUUUUGUGUGAUGUAACUUUGUUUAGGAGUGUUAUCGAGAUUGAGUUGUAAGACCAUCUAACAUCUUGUAAAAAUCAAAUACAUUUCUUCGUAUAUCUUUCAUUUGGACAUCAAAUACAUUUCUUCGUAUAUCUUUCAUUUGGACAUUUGUGUGAGAUGUUUUGGAAGUUGGAACGAGAAAUGUUCUAAAA